AAUCAUUAGAGUAGUCGUUGUGGAACACCCAGAUCUCUAACAUUCCAAGGAGUGGUUAAUAAAUGCUCAAAUAUUCCCGUCAAAUAUCUGCACUUUUCUGCAACGUGGAAUUUUCUUAUUGGUUCCUAGAUGAUAAGAAAUUUGUGUUCACCAACCAUUAGACUUCCCAAUUAAUAAUCUUCAUUGUUACCGUUUCAUCUCUAGAAAACAUUACACACGGUUUCACUCUUGUUCGAAAACGGGAACAGCGACCACCAACAAGCAACCAUGGCAACCCUGUCUAGUCUUAACCUCGUAACCCCAAGAGUCGUGGCCAACGUACCAGACUCCACAAAGGGUAGCCCCGUCAAGGUCCCAUACGUUAACCAGCCAUGGAAAAGGCUCUCUCAAUUGGCGUCUAGGAGGAUGCAGGUAAUCAGACCUGUGAGAGCUGCCCCUGAUAGCAUAUCGGAGAAGGUGGAAAAGAGCAUCAAGGAAGCACAGGAGGCGUGCUCGGAUGACCCAGCAAGUGGAGAGUGCGCGGCGGCCUGGGACGAGGUGGAAGAGAUUAGUGCAGCCGCCGGCCACGCCAGGGACAGGAAGAAAGAAAACGAUCCUUUGGAGAAUUACUGCAAAGACAACCCGGAGGCAGAGGAGUGCCGCACCUAUGAUAAUUAAAAUGGCUUCUUAAUUUAUUAGAUUUUUCCUUAGAUGAUGAAAAUGGUGGGAGGUUUUAGACGUUAUAUUAUGUGAAACUGAAGAUGUUAUCGGUGGUUUAGUCGUUGUAAUGAUGUAAUCCUGUACCAUACUCUUUGGAAAAAGAUAAUUUGGUUAUUUAAAGCGUUUUAAAUGAA